AUGCUGGUAUUCCUAUUCGCCUCAUGGAUGAUCAGCAACGUGGCCGGACAGGCCAUCACCAUCAGGGAUUCUACUUUCGUGUUGAAAUGGCAGUGCAAUAUGUCCCUGUCAAAUGCCCCAUAUGGAGUUAUCGGAGCUGCUUCCCUAAUCAGGUGUGCUUCAAGAUGUCUGGAGAAUAAUACUAUAUGUUUGUCCUUCUUAUCGGACAAGUCGUUACCGACAAACGUCGCGUGUUGUUUCUACAAGAGCUUUCCGUCCUCUCCCUGUCCAAUAGGAAGUGUCGGUGGUUUCUACUCAUUAUAUGAAAGAGUUGGUGCUAGCCCAGAAACGACCACCGCACCAGAAACAACGACCCCACCGGAAACGACGACCACACCGGAAACGACGACUACACCGGAAACAACGACUACACCGGAAACGACGACUACACCGUCGCUUACUACGACGCAAACUGAGCUCACAACGUCGGUGAAUCCUUGUCAGAACUCGGGAACAUGGAAUGGUGCUACUUGUAUAUGUCCAAUAGGCUGUAACGGCACGUACUGUCAGACUUGCUACAAAGACUGUUCGGAAGGAGUAGCCGAUGGACUUACUGGUACAGCAGUUAUAACCUUUAUACAGCCUUUGAACUCGCCAGCAGCAUUCCAGGUUCUGUGUAACUUUGACAACAGUGUCACAUACAUCCAGUAUCGUCGCUAUGGAAAUAUCAGCUUCGAAAGGGACUGGCAAUCCUACAUGGAUGGUUUUGGAAAUAUAGAUGGAGAUUUUUGGCUAGGAAACAAGUACAUACAUCUUAUCACUGAACAGAAAUCCUAUUACUUAGGCGUUCGUUUAUAUGACGAAACAAACUCCUGGCGUUUUGACAUGUAUCCGGACUUCAAGGUAGAUACGGAAGCUAACUCCUUUUCGAUUAGUUAUACGCCUGUAUACCUCGAUUGGGGAAUGUCGCCUGCUGACAGCACGAAGGACUCACUCAACCAGCCAUUUAGUACGUAUGACCGGGGUCAUACAGGCUGUGCGACAUCUGAGCAGGCUGGCUGGUGGUAUAACACUGGGUGUACGGACGGCGCUAAUGCUAACGGCGUACUGCCUAUUAACUGGUCAACAAUUAGAGGUGUAACGAAAACAGGGUUGGGCCUCGUAUGAAAAAUAUCUAAAUUGUAGGGGGGUUUUGUAGACACUUUUCCACUCCAAAUUAGUUCAUAUAUCUAAUAUAUUUGCAUUGUGUAAAAUCCCCUCUAGUGGUCUGAUAUCAAAUAAGUACUUUUACUUCGUGAAUGGUUCAAUUGGUUGUGUUUUACGUCCUAUUAACAGCUAUGGUCAUUUUAAGACGUGUCAGGAUUUGGUGGUGGUGGAAAGCCGGAGUUCCCGGAGAAAAAACACCGACCUACGGCGAGUUCCUGGCGACUGCCCCACGUAGGUCUCAAACCCCCGACCCAGUGGCGGAGGGCUAGUGGUCGGAGAAUGUCAACCUUAACCACAUGGCCACAGCUGCCCCAAUGGUUCAAACAACAUUAUAUCAAACUAUUAUCGUUGAUG